UAGCCGGGAGGUGGCUCCCUGGUCCCCCACUCAGUCACACUCCGCGCACUCACACACUUGGAAGCGCCUCCCCACGUCCCUCCCCUGCCCUCCUCUUGCUCCGCUCUUCCCUCUCUCACCACGAACGGUCGCCGACCGACUGCCAGUCCGCCUCUCGCCCUCUCCCUGUCUCCACAACAUGACUGCCUGGGAAGCGGUGGCUCAGGCAGAGCAGCUCUGCUGGCGCAGGCAGGAGGAGCAGGAUUAUUAAAUAACGCAGCUCGACUCCGUGCAGCUGGGAGUGGAGAGAAGGAGCCCAACGGCCAAGCAGGGGAGGGAAGGCAGAGGAGGGGGGCCGGGAAAGACAAGCCCCGCGCUCCGAAGACAGAAAUCCCCGCGUGCCCGGGAGAAGCCUAACAAGCGCCGCGGAGCCCUCCAGGUUGCUAAGUUGGCUGUCACAGUGCAAGCCUUGGAGUCCCAAUGGGGGACUCCGGAUCAAGACGAUCUACUCUGGUCUCCCGGUUGCCAAUAUUCAGAAGGAGUAUUAGCAGAAAACAUGAUUCUCUUCCUUCUUCACCCUCCUCCAGUAAUACAGUCGGUGUACACAGUUCGUCACCUUCCAGCACUAACUCAAGCUCAGGUAGUACAGGUAAACGCAGGAGCCUCUUCCGUACUCCUUCCAUUAGCUUCCAUCAUAAGAAGGGGAGUGAACCUAAGAAAGAACCUACCAACCAGAACCUUAGUAUUUCAAAUGGUGCUCAACCUGGUCACAGCAGUAUGCAAAAACUGAGUUUGGAAGAACAUACUAAAACCAGGGGAAGACAUUCUGUUGGUUUUAGCAGUUCACGAAAUAAGAAGAUAACAAGAUCUUUGACAGAGGAUUUUGAAAGAGAAAAGGAGCACUCGACUAAUAAGAAUGUCUUUAUAAAUUGCCUAAGUUCUGGCAAAAGUGAGGGGGAUGAUUCUGGAUUCACAGAAGAACAAACUCGCCGUUCUGUUAAGCAGUCGACAAAGAAGCUUCUUACUAAAUCUUUUUCAUCUCACUAUAAAUUUUCUAAGCCAGUUCCACAGAGCCAAUCCAUUUCAUUGGUACAGCAAUCUGAAUUCUCACUGGAAAUUGCACAGUACCAAGAGAGGGAGCCUGUAUUACUAAGAGCUUCUCCAUCGUGUUCUGUGGAUGUAACAGAACGGGCGGGAAGCUCUUUGCAAUCUCCACUGCUUUCUGCUGAUUUUACUACAGCUCAGACACCUUCAGAGUUCUUAGCCUUGACUGAAGAUUCUGUGUCUGAAGCAGAUGCAUUUCCUAAAAGUGGAAGCAUGGCAUCCCACUGUGACAACUUUGGCCACAGUGAUCCUACCUCUCAGAUUUCUCCCAAUCCUGCUGCUGCUACAAAGACAACAAUAGACCUUAUGGGAACUGUUCCCUGUGCAAUUAUGUCUCCUGGGAAAUACAGGUUAGAAGGUCGGUGUAGCACUGAAUCUAAAUCCUUACCAGAAACCUCUGCUGCUAAUCAGAAGGAAGUGUUAUUGCAAAUCACUGAACUACCUGCUAUGAAUGCGAGUGACUCAGAGAUUCACCUAUCAGCAGAUACAAGAAGAGGAGAACAUAUGGUGAUACAAAAUGGUGAAACAAUGUUGGCAACAAGUUCCCCAAGGAAACUUGGAUUUUAUGAGCAACAUAAAGCAAUAGCUGAACGUGUUAAAGGGAUCCAUCCUAUUUCAGAUUCAAGGAUAAUACCCUCUUCCGGUGAUCAUUAUAUUUUAAACAAAACAUCAUAUGGAUAUGAUGCAAAUCCUGCCAAAGUUCUUGCCAGUAGCCUCAGUCCAUACCGUGAAGGAAGAUUUGUAGAGAGGCGACUGCGAUCCUCAUCAGAAGGAACUGCAGGGGGUAGCAGGAUGAUUUUGAAACCAAAAGAUGGAAAUGUGGAAGAAGUUAAUAGUCUAAGAAAGCAGAGAGCAGGUUCAUCAUCUUCAAAAAUGAACAGCAUGGAUGUUUUGAAUAAUUUGGGAUCUUGUGAACUGGAUGAAGAUGAUCUAAUGCUUGAUUUGGAAUUUUUAGAGGAACAGAAUCUUCGUCCUUCAGUUUGCCGGGAGGAUUCAUACCACUCUGUGGUCUCAUGUGCUGCUGUAGUUCUCACUCCUAUGGACCCAACAAUAGAGAUGAAGAAAAGAGAAGAACUAAAAUUUCCUGAGCCUUCGAAACAGAACCUUUCCCUGAAAUUAACAAAAGAGAUUGAUCCGGAAGCCAGGUGUCCCCAUAUCAGGGGAACACCCAGCAGUCCAUCUGCAGAUUGGCCCCUGCCAGGUGUGGAAGAAAAUGGAGGCAUCGAUUCUAUGCCAUUCAGACUGAUGCUACAGGACUGCACAGCCGUCAAGACAUUAUUAUUAAAGAUGAAAAGAGUUCUACAAGAGAGUACAGAUAUGAGCCCAGCAAGUAGCACCACUUCACUUCCUGUUAGUCCUCUUACUGAAGAGUCAUCGCCUUUCAAGAAAUCAGUUGAGCUCCAGUUUGCUGAUGCUAAACUAAACCAAAUGGUUGUCCUAACGGUGAACUCAAAAGGCUACUUUUUUGAUAUAAUGAAAGAUGAAAGCUCAAUGCUGAAGCUGCAGCUGAAAGAGAAGGACGAACUAAUUUCCCAACUUCAGGAAGAACUGGACAAAGUUCAGCAUUUACAGAAGGCUUUUGCUUCAAGAGUAGAUAAAUCCACACAAACUGAACUUCUAGGCUAUGAUGGUUUGAACCUGAAAAGACCGGAGUCAGUACAAGGAGGGAGAGAGGCUACAUAUCGAAAUCGAAUUGUGAGCCAAAGUCUCAGCACAAGGGACAGAAAAGCAAUGCAUACUCCCACCGAGGACCGUUUUAGAUACUCAGCAGCGGACCAGACAAGCCCCUACAAAAGCAAGACCUGUCAGCUCUCCAGUCUAUGUUUAAGCAAUUUUUUGAAGGACAAGGAACUAGUGGAAGUUAUCAAACACUCCAGAGGAACUUACGAAACCCUCACGUCAGAGGUCACCCAGAAUUUACGGGCCAGUGUAGGGCAGAACUCUCUGAAACCAAUAGCUAAGACCGAAGGGCUUUCCACGUUCUCAGAGAAACCAAAGGACCAAGCUGCUGUGGCCCGACAGCAUUCAACCUUUACAGGCAGGUUUGGACAACCGCCAAGAGGGCCAAUCUCUUUACACAUGUACAGCAGAAAGAAUGUUUUCCUCCAUCACAAUUUACACACAACUGAGCUGCAGUCUCUAGGCCAGCAGGAUGGGUAAUUAAAUCACCCUAUUCCUGUCUCUGGGUAGGAUAAGACGAUUAGUGUUUCUCGUGCAUAGCUCAUGUUAAAAUUUUCAUGUAUUUUUUAUUACUUUUUAUUUUUAGUUAUAAACAAAGAAUUUUACUUUUUUUUUUUUUUAAGAAUGAGGGUUCAAGCAUGUUAAUUGAAUUAGGUUUAAUAGCUUUUGGAGACUUUAUUAUAUAUAUGUAUAAUAAAUGAGACCAUCUUGCUGGUUUAUAUACAGGCCAUAAUUUAUUUAUCUUUUAUCUUUAUCAGUCACUGAUAUGCAUUGAAGUUUCAGAAGGUAAUAUCAAAUAGCACUCUGUUCACUUAAUGGUGUUACUGUGAAAAUAGAUGUGCAGAAUAAAUAGAUAAAGGGAUUGUAAGGAAUUUUAAACUACAUAGUUAAUAGAAAGAGAAAAGAGGGGUUUUAAAGUCUUGUAUUUGGUGGUGUAUUUAUUUGAAGAAUGAAGCUUGCUUGCAUAUAACCUAGAGAUGGUGUUUGUCUCUCUAUUACAUACAAUCAAGCUUAUCUUGCCAUACGAUUAAGGGGGAAAAUGGUAUUUCUUUUAUCCUCUAAGUGUUUAGUUCACACUAGUUCACAAAGGAUUUCAGACUGAGUAAUUGCUAGCCAAAUAGAGAAUGACAGCUCCGAUCAUCGAAAAAUUUUGCUUUUAGUUUUUGCUAUUGAUGUUGAAGUACUAUGACAUAACACACAGUGAGGUGGUAAUGUUGCCUGAAUUUUGUCAAAUGAUGCGUAAAGCAUGACAUGCUAUACUCUGAGUCACUGCCAUGGUUAUAUCACCGUAAUUUUUAAAAAUUUGAGGAAUAGAACAUUCUAAGAAAGUUAUUUUACUUCACUUUCCUUAUAUUUUUAAAUUUUUCACUUUUUUUAAUGUGUGUCCAAUUUUGCUUCAUAUACAUUAACCCAUACCAAUUACUCUACAUGAUGAAUUGAGGAAGAGAAAGUCAGUUUCUUGGUAGCCCAGUUUACACUAUUUUGACUAUUCGGUCAUCUAGAUUUAGAGGAAAAAGUAAAAUAUAUGUAAACUUUGGCAAUUUGAUCUUAGAAAUAAAUCUCUAACAGGAAUACUUAACUCGUUUGAUGGCAAAUAUUUCUCUUUAACACACAAGGCCUAAUAUGUUUUAUACAUAAGUGCACGUGAGAGAAAUAAUUUCUUUAUGUUUAAUGAAUAAUAGAGCUGUAUGCAGCUAUAGAAAUAAAUAAUUUUAAAAUGACCAGUAGGAAUCAGGGCUGCAGUUUUCUUAUACAAAGAUAAAAGCUAAUAACUGAAUCCAUAUUAGGCAUACUCCAUGCAUAUUGAAAUUGUCAUACCUACUGCAGGAUCUGUUUCCCUUGUGCUCUCUGACAGAAUCCAUGAAAUGAAUAAAGGGAAACUGAGAUAGCAGUUUUAGCAUGGCAUCUGACUAACCUGCUUAAAUUAAAGCUAUGUGUGAAAUGCAUCUCCUAAAACAAAAGUGCAUUUGAGCUCUAUGCUUUGGGGAAAAGCCAUUAGAUAUCCCCCCACUAGCUUUAACUAUUAAACUUUAACCACUUUUCAAACUUUGAUUAGAAUUGAUAAGAGUAAAGAGUUUAGUGGAUAUGCUGGAUUUGUAAUUUCGGUUUUCCAAAGGAAAACACAUGUGCAUCAAGACAAAUGUUUGCCAAAUGUUUUCUUUUUUUGUGUGUUUGUAAUUCUGCCAAAAGAGAAUAAUGCACACUGCAAUUUGCUUGGCUUAAUGAGACUGCUCUCUAAAAUUCCCACUAUACUUUAGAAGUUAACAAUAUUCAUGCAGACAGACAUUUUGGGCUGGAUGGUGUUUAAGAAAUGAUAGAAAAAUUAUGAUUAUUAAUUGUGGAAUUCAGCUUCAUUUGUCCUAAAAGUUGGUGUGUGUUACUAGAGUAUUUGAAGUCUGUAAAUAAAUCAGAACGGUAAAAUAAUCAAGGAUUUUUUCCCAGGAUAUGGAAGAACUAUGUAUCACAAAUAAUGUUUUUGAUUUGGACUUUUGGAGCUUAUAGUUUUGCUUUUCUGGAAGAUAGACUUUUGAAUUAUACUUUGUAAAAAAAUAAUCUAUUUAAGAAAAUCUGUCAUUUAAUAGACAUUUUAAGAGAUGUUUUAAAUGCUAGUAUUUUCUUGAAAAAUGUUUUUUAAAGCUGAAACAUUCAAAAAGAAAACCUGGGUUAAACAGUUCAAUUUUAAAAGGAGGGGUAUUUUUUGGAAAUAUCAUCUUAAAGCUGUUUUGUAUCAGUAUUUUCAGCAUUGUUAUAAUAUUAUUUGUAAUACUAAGUGUAACUCAGGCCUGGAGAAGGUGUAAGCCCACUAUGCUAAUAUACAUCAGUAACUGUAAAACAGGGGUUCUUUGUAAGUUCCUCUUGUGUAUAUAGAGUACUCAUGUGGGCAUUCUUUCAGCAAAUUGAUUUCUUUGUACUAAAAUCUCUAGUUUUCUAAGACAGUUCCAUGUAUAAAAAUGAUUUAUACAUUUCUCCAAGGCAGUACAUAUCCAAAGACAUGACACCAGGGGGAAAAAGUGCUUGUUUUUCUGAUGGAAGCAGUUGUCUUUUCUUUCCCUUCCUGUUUCUUCUGUGCAUGUGUAUGUGUAGCUAAGCCUAAGUAAGUCUGUAAAAUUUCUGCUGCAAAUCUUCUUUUCUGAAUUAGAACGUGUUUUAAAGGACACUUAAGAAGAGAUAUUCCUUAAGGAAAAGCUGUUUCCACCUGAAAUAAACUGUUCUCAUUUUUGUAAUUA